CGGGUGUAGGUAGUGAGAAACUGGCACCGUUCGAUCCACGUCCGCUGCCCAGGAUAUAGACGACUCUUCCUGACACGAAAGGGCAUGGUGGAGUCGUUGUCCUAGAUAUAUGUGUUCUCCAGUCUCUUUUUACACUUUGAGGUUGACGUAAAAAGGUGGCGUUAAUUUAUUAAAAAAAGUUUUUGGGCAUCCGGUGAAAAGCUAAAAUAAAAAGGGUUAAAAUUCGUUCGCCUGAACUUCGAGUCGUGAAUGAAAUUAGGCAAACAGCACUCAAGGACUGAGUGAUAUUUUAUCAACACAUUGACAAAUUCGCUUUGAAACCGUUGAUCUGUCAGCGGGGGAAACGCACCGAGAUGAAGGUGGUGUUAAUAGCUGUUCUGCUGGGGUUCUUCUCCUCCUGUUCAGCUCAACUAGAUGGUAACGAUUGCACUAAGGCUUCAGCUCAGUCCUGUGGUGAAUGUAUUCAGGUUGGAGAAAAGUGUGGCUGGUGCACCUUUGAACCCUUUCUGAAGCAAGGUGAAUCCAAAUCAACACGCUGCGAUGAAAUUGAGUCUCUGAUUAAGAAGGGCUGUCCUCCGAACAAUGUGGAAAAUCCUCUAGGGUCAGUCCUUGUCACUGAGAACAAAACCGUCACAAACCGUAAAAAAGAUGUGGCUGAGAAACUGAAACCAGACGAGAUCACUCAGAUUCAACCUCAGAAGCUCACACUCAACCUAAGAGCAGGUGAGCCUCAGAAAUUUUCCCUGAAGUUUAAAAGGGCAGAGGAUUAUCCCAUUGAUCUGUACUACCUGAUGGACUUGAGUUACUCCAUGAAAGAUGAUUUGGAAAACGUGAAGAAUUUGGGAACGGGCCUGAUGCGCGAGAUGCAGUCAGUUACGUCUGACUUCAGGAUUGGUUUUGGUUCAUUUGUAGAAAAGACUGUGAUGCCUUACAUCAGUACAACCCCCGCUAAGCUGCUGAAUCCCUGCACUUCUGAUCAGAAUUGCACAAGCCCCUUCAGCUAUAAAAAUGUACUGAGUCUGACUGAGAAUGGUCAUCAAUUUAACAGGCUUGUCAGCGAGCAACAGAUUUCUGGAAACCUGGACUCACCUGAGGGAGGCUUUGAUGCCAUCAUGCAAGUUGCUGUCUGUGGGGAACAGAUUGGUUGGAGGAAUGUCACUCGACUACUAGUGUUUUCUACUGACGCUGGCUUUCACUUCGCGGGAGACGGUAAACUGGGUGGAAUUGUGCUUCCCAAUGAUGGGAAGUGCCACCUAAAGGAUAAUAGAUACACAAUGAGCCAUUAUUAUGACUACCCUUCAAUCGCACACCUAGUACAGAAACUGAGUGACAACAAUAUUCAGACCAUCUUCGCUGUGACUGAGGACUUCCAGCCUGUCUAUAAGGAGCUUAAAAAUCUCAUUCCAAAGUCAGCUGUGGGAACAUUGUCUAAGGACUCCAGUAAUGUGAUCAAACUUAUCAUCGACGCCUACAAUUCUCUGUCAUCUGAGGUGAUCCUGGAGAAUAGCAAGCUGCCUGAGGGAGUGUCCAUCUCAUACGUGUCCCACUGCAAGAAUGGAGUGAGUGAAACAGGUGACAAUGGAAGAAAGUGCUCAAACAUCUCCAUCGGUGAUGAGGUGACCUUUGAUAUAGUCAUCACCACUAAGGGCUGCCCAUCGCAUGGUACACCAGAGGUGAUGAAGAUCAAGCCACUGGGUUUCAAUGAGGAGGUGGUGAUUAAUCUAAACUUUAUCUGUGAGUGUGAAUGUUCCAAAGAAGGAAUCCCCGAAAGUCCAGACUGUCACUUUGGCAAUGGAACCCUUGAGUGUGGAGCAUGCAAAUGCAAUAAGGGACGUAUUGGAAGGGUUUGUGAAUGUAGCAAAGAUGAUGUCAGGGCAGAGGAUCUGAAUGCAAACUGCCGCAUGGACAAUAGCACAGAGAUCUGUAGCAAAAACGGAGACUGUAUCUGUGGAACGUGUGAAUGCAAGAAACGAGACAAUCCAGAAGAGUGGUAUGAAGGGAAGUACUGUCAAUGUGACAACUUCAACUGCGACCGAUCCAACAACAAACUGUGCGGAGGUCAUGGUAAGUGUGUAUGCAGAGUGUGUGUGUGUGAAGUAAAUUACACAGGCAGUGCAUGUGACUGCUCUCUGGACAAGCAACCUUGUGUGGCCAGUAAUGGGCAGCUCUGUAACGGUCGUGGCACCUGCGACUGUGGAGUGUGUAAAUGCACCGACCCAAAGUUCCAGGGUCCCACGUGUGAGAUUUGCCCCACUUGUCCUGGAGUCUGCACAGAGCACAAACCCUGUGUUCAGUGCCGUGCAUUUAAAACUGGAGAGAUGGUGGAUAAAUGUGAAGAGAAAUGCAACUACUUUACUCUACAUAAGGUGAAGGAAAAGGAGGAACUUCCGCAGCCGAACAGCCAGCCCUACCUCACUCACUGCAAAGAGCGUGACGCCAAUGACUGCUGGUUCUUCUUCACUUAUGCCACCAAGAAUGACACUGCUGAGGUCUAUGUGGUUGAGAAGCUUGAAUGCCCUACUGGUCCUGACAUUAUCCCAAUCGUAGCGGGUUUGGUUGUAGGCAUCGUUCUGAUUGGUCUGGCCCUGCUUUUCAUCUGGAAGCUGCUCAUGAUUAUUCAUGACCGCAGAGAGUUCGCAAAGUUUGAGAAAGAGAAGAUGAAUGCCAAGUGGGAUGCGGGUGAGAAUCCCAUCUAUAAGAGUGCAGUGACUACGGUGGUCAAUCCCAAAUACGAGGGAAAAUGAGGGACAGAUGGUCUGUCACUGUAUGCAAAUAACUUCGAGCAAAGGAGAUAUUUUUUCUGUUCACUUGUAUUUUUUGUUUUGAACAUACAUUUUGUUAGCUGUGCAUUCUCCACAACUUGCAUUAUAAUCUGCUUAUUAUGUAUUUCUAUAUAUCGUGUACUGAAUGCAUUGUGUUUGUUUUAAUAUUUUUUUCUUAAUAUUUGUGUUGUCACAGGACAGGAUUUGGUCUUUAAUAUGUAAGUUGUUUCUUUUGAAUAGAGUAAUUUUAUGACCUUGUAGUGUGUUCCAGUUCUAAUCCCAGGCUCCUCCUGCACUGCACAUUUUAGUAUUUCCUUGACUCUCCUUAACUAAUUUGUUGAAAAUAUAUAUGGUUAAUUCAGAAAAGCUUAAAUGUGCAUUUCAGUUGUGCUCGUAGAUCAGGACUGAGAAACACUUUUAAUGGAUUUCAAAUCAAGUCACAUUAAUGUUUCAGUGUCACACACCUGUUUAGGUCUUAUUAGUGAAAACACAUUUUACUGAACCCUGUAAGCUUGACAGGUAUUAUUUAUAAUGAUUUGAAUAAUCAAAUACUUCACUGAUUUAAAGAAAAAAAUCUGUCACUGGUAGAGCAUGUAGCUGGUCACUGGUAUAGAAGUGUGUGGCACUGUGUUCCUAAUUCAGUCAUUGUGGACCCCCUAUUAGCUCCCCCCCCACAUGCCUGAUAGUUCAGCUGUGUUAGAAGCUGAAAUACAAGGAAAAAAGUGCACUGGAUAAGGUUUUUAUUCAUGGACGUGUGUUCUAUGCAUCCUGCAUGUCGCCCUGUAUGUUUAUUGGAGGCUGUGGUGUUUGGAUCUACUUUCAGGAAAGUUAGGGCUGCCUGUUGUUUGAAGAUAUACUUGCUGAGAAGUAUUCAAAAGAAUAUAUUCAUGUUUUAGAAGGACAUUGCCUUGCCAAUCAUUCUGAACUUCUGUUCAGAUAAGAGAAUUGUAGUUUUAUAGUUCAAAAGCAGAAAAUAUCCCAUAUCACAACACUGUAUAAUUAAAAAAAAAAAUUGGAAUUACAUUGAGUACAUUUUAUUGCAGUGCCACUAUUGUGUAGUGGACAAGAUCCCAGACUCUUUGACUAUGAAACAUUGACCUGAAUGCAGGUGCAUCUCAGGGACAUGAACAACAGUAGGAUUAAAUUGAAUGUAAUCAGAAAGAUGUUUAGCAAUCAAACAAUAAAUGUAUACUAUGUGUACAAUAAUUUAUGUCUUCAAAAUUUUGAUUCUCAGGUAUCUAAUUUCUCUUGAUUGUAAAAACCAAAUACUUACUGUCUUUUAUUGCAAAACAUAGAGGAGACUUAUUUUCAUUAAGCCAAUUCUGUUACCAGAAGUGAACUUGGAUAACUUGCUGACUUUUUAUUGAACUAUAAUUUUAUUCACUGCUGUCGCCAUCCUCCUCCAUCCAUCCUCCUGGAGCCUAGGCUUGCAGGACAAGGUGCAAUCAAGUGUUAUGCAAUAAUUGUUCAUGAAAAUUAUUUCUAAUCUUUACUGUCUUUUAAUACUGCUGAAUGUUAAAACUACAUGCCUCACAGACUGCAUUUUAAAUACCUUUUAUUUCUGCAUCAUGUUCAUGCUUAUGGUCCUUUGUUUCAGUAGUUAUUUAUUAAAAUAAACAACCAAAACAAC